AUGACCGAAGUCGACCAGCAUCCACAACAGCCUGAGCAGCUUCAAGAAAUGGAAACAAAUCUCGAAGAUGUUGCUAAGGCAUAUUUGGAAGUACGGCAACGGAAGGAGGGACCACUAGCUCCACCACUGGAUGCCAAAAUUGCUGCUAUGCUACCAAAGGAUAUGGCUUUAAAUAGUGAUGGAAAAGAUAAGGAAAAAGAGAAAGAAAAAGAUAAAGAGGUGGAGAAAAAGGAUCGUCGUAGUCGUGAUCGAAGCCGUGACAAAAGUAAAAGUAGAGAUCGUGAAAGGCGGCGCCGAACCAAAAGCCGAAGCAAAGAUCGUGAUCGACGGAAGUCCCGAUCACGCGAACGUCGGCAUCAUCAUCGUGAUCGAAGCCGAAGUCGCAGUCGCAAGGAGCGUACACCUGAAAAACCGAAAAAGAAAUAUAAGUUCUGGGACGUGCCACCAGUCGGUUAUGAACAUUUGACACCAAAGGAAUACAAAGAACUACAGGCUGCGGGUCAGAUACCACGAAAUAAUGUUCAGUCGGCAGUACCUGUUGUUGGACCUUCGGUGACUUGCCAGUCACGUCGUCUUUAUGUUGGUAAUAUACCGUUUGGCUGCAGUGAAGAUGCUAUGUUAGACUUUUUCAAUCAACAGAUGCAUCUCUGUGGUCUAGCGCAAGCACCAGGAAAUCCUGUCUUAGCAUGCCAGAUGAAUCUUGAUAAGAAUUUUGCUUUCAUUGAAUUCCGGUCGAUCGAUGAAACAACAGCUGGCAUGGCAUUCGAUGGAAUCAAUUUUAUGGGACAACAACUCAAAAUACGAAGACCACGGGAUUAUCAACCAAUGAGUACCAGCUAUGAUUUGGGUAAUAUGAUGGUGUCCAAUAUCGUACCAGAUAGUCCGCAUAAAAUAUUUAUUGGAGGUCUUCCAAGUUAUCUCAAUGCAGAACAGGUGAAAGAACUCCUCUCUUCCUUCGGGCAGUUGAAAGCGUUUAAUUUAGUGACUGAACAAUCUACUGGUGUUUCGAAGGGAUACGCCUUCGCAGAGUAUUUGGAUCCUUCUUUAACAGAUCAGGCCAUUGCUGGUUUAAAUGGUAUGCAGCUUGGAGAUAAAAAUCUUGUUGUGCAGCUUUCUUGUGCUAAUGCCAGAAAUAAUGUAGCACAAAAUACGUUCCCACAAAUCCAGGUAGCAGGCAUAGAUUUGUCGCAUGGUGCCGGGCCACCAACUGAGGUGCUUUGUUUAAUGAAUAUGGUUACCGAAGAUGAAUUAAAGGAUGAUGAAGAGUAUGAAGAUAUCCUAGAAGAUAUUCGAGAGGAAUGUGCUAAGUAUGGUAUCGUGAAAUCGCUAGAAAUACCGCGUUCAGUUCCAGGAGUGGAUGUUACCGGUGUUGGAAAAGUUUUUGUGGAGUUUAACAGCAAGCAGGAGUGCCAAAAAGCACAAGCAGCACUUACGGGACGUAAAUUUGCAAAUCGAACAGUGGUAACCAGUUAUUAUGAUCCGGAUAUGUACCACAGAAGACAGUUUUAA